GUGAAAGCAGUACUUUCUGAAUAUGUGAAAUUACCUAUUCACUUCCUCUUUCUGUUCUAAAAGCAGUCUGUGCUUCCCCGGCUAGGCUACUUAAAACCUUCGUGCUAAGGCUGACAUCUCAGAUAAAGGAAAUGCAGUCAUAAAGAAAGCACUAUGGCUGACAUACAGAAGUUGUUACAGGAGAUCCCAACUGCGACGCAUGCAUUGCUGGAAAACCAUGGUAACCUGCAGAAAGUUGCAGAUUAUUGUGAGAAGAAAUACUUGGAGGCAUCUGAUAAGACCCAGGCCCUGGCUGAAACGAAGGCUUUUGUUACUCAGUCUCUUGCUAGCGUGGCAUAUCAGAUCAGCAGUCUGUCUCAAAGCAUCCUGCACCUUCUGGAAUUUCAAACAGCAGACCUUCACAAAGUGGAGCUUACUGUCACCUAUUUGUCUCAGACAGUCGACAUGCACAAAGAUAAAGUGUUUCGCCGAGAAAUUGGAUCAUUAACAAAAACAAAGAAGUUUGUGCGAAGUGAAAAGAUUGUUAGCCCAUCAGAACCACAGCAACAAGGGAAAUAUUCUAGGAAGCCCAUCACCUAUAACAUUUAUGAUGAUAUGGGACAUGGAGUUAAGGAUUCAGCUACACAGUUAGGAAAAACAGGAACAAUGUCAAGAAAAGCUUCCACAACAUCUUUACAGACAACGCCUGCUCCAGGAUCAGCAGGGCGCACUGCCCGGGUUCCAGAACCAGUUCAGCCACCAGUAAUUCCAGAAGCUAAGAUGACUGUCACAAUCAAAAGCAGCACAACCAACUCUUCAGAUGGGAGCUUCACCAGUGCUGGAUCAUUUGGACAUGGCACUGUGGGAAAGCCUGUACCCACACCAGUCCUUCCAGAAGCAGUGGUAGAUGAAUUACCUCCUCCGCCACCUUCACCACCGAGUAUACAUCUGUCACCAUUCAGUAUUAUGCCGUCAUACUCAUCAAAACAAGACGGCCUUCCUCCUCCUCCACUAGAUCCCCUGGGACUUCCACCUCCUCCACCUGUGCCAUGUGACCUUCCACCACCUCCCCCAAUGUCAGGACUGCCAACGUUGUCACAGAUCCCACCACCUCCAGCACUGUUGUCAGAUUUCCUGCCUCCUGCACCUGCCUCAGCAGAUGUUGUACUACCUCCACCAGUGGAUGAGAUAAGUCAUCUUCCUCCUCCACCAUCAUGUACAGAUGUGGAUUUUCAAGCUCUCCCUCCUCCUCCUCCAGACUACGCUGAAGAUUAUUAUGAUGCCAUUGCACCACUUCCGCCUCCUGCUCUAGAUUUCCUGCCUGGGCCAGGUACUGGGAUUCCUAACAACUACAUUGAGAAAGUGGUGGCAGUGUAUUCCUACACACAAGACAAAGCAGAUGAGUUGUCCUUCGAGGAGGGUGAAAUCAUUUAUGUAAUCAACAAGAACUCAGAUGGGUGGUAUGAAGGAGCGACCGCCAGUGGGGCAUCAGGAUUCUUUCCUGGAAACUAUGUUGAACCUGCUACUUAGGCCUCCUGCAGGGCUGACUUUCUUUAUACUGCACUGCACAUUUUCUGAAAUGCUGAUUCUUUUUAUACAGCUGAUCUCCUUUCCAGUUAAAUGACUGAAGUUGUUAUGUUUAUUAACAGCUCUGAUGACAGAGACACUAAUAAAGACUAAGACUGU